AUGGUUGUAGCGCUAUCCCCCACGGCAGUCUCUUUCAUCCUUCUCACACUGGGAUACUUCCUGAUCCGAUAUCUCAAUUCCACGGACCAGCCAAAGAUCAAAGGGUUGCCCGAGAUCCCCGGGGUACCGCUAUUCGGCAACCUUCUUCAACUCGGCCAGGACCAUGCACGCGUCACGGGCGAAUGGGCAAAGAAGUACGGCUGGCCCGUCUUCCAGACUCGCCUGGGCAAUCGCCGCAUCAUCUGGGCCAACACAUUCGACUCGGUCCGACAUUUCUGGAUCACGAACCAGUCCGCCCUGAUCUCCCGACCUACGCUGUAUACCUUCCACAGCGUUGUCUCCAGCAGUCAAGGGUUCACCAUCGGAACUUCUCCGUGGGACGAAUCGUGCAAGCGACGACGCAAAGUGGCAGCGACGGCAUUGAAUAGACCUGCCGUUCAGAGCUAUAUGCCGUUCAUCGACCUGGAAAGCUGUGUGGCCAUCAGGGACAUGUACAAGGACAGCAAGGACGGAACGAUCGACCUGGACCCUCGCAAGUAUUUCCACCGGUUCGCCCUCAAUACCAGCUUGACUCUGAAUUAUGGCGUUCGUAUUGACGGGGGAAUAGACCAGGAGCUGCUUCGAGAAGUGGUGCAUGUUGAACGGGUAGUGUCCAACUUCCGUAGCACAUCGAACAACUGGCAGGACUAUCUCCCGCUCCUACGCCUCCCGUUGAUCUCUCGCCAGAACAAAUCAGCUGCCGAAUACCGUGAGCGUCGGGACCGCUACUUGACCGCUUUUCUCAACAUGCUCAAGGACCGAAUCGCCAACGGAACCGACCGACCAUGCAUCACCGGCAACAUCAUCAAGGACCCCGAAGAGACACUCAACGAAGCAGAACUCAAAAGUAUCUGUCUGACCAUGGUCUCGGCCGGCAUCGACACCGUCCCAGGCAACAUGAUCAUGGGCCUAGGAUACCUGGCCUCGCCGCAGGGACAACGGAUCCAGCAAAAGGCGUACGAGGAGAUCAUGAAAGUCUACCCCAAUGACGGCGAGGCGUGGGAGAAAUGCCUGCUGGAGGAAAAGGUGCCGUACAUCACAGCCCUGACCAAGGAGAUUCUCCGCUUCUUCACCGUCAUUCCCGUGUGCCUGCCUCGGACGAGUAUCAAGGACAUCAAGUACAACGACGCGGUUGUCCCCGCCGGCAGCACGUUCUACAUGAACGCCUGGGCGGCCGAUUACGACGAGAGCCAUUUCAAGGAUCCGACGCAGUUCAUGCCGGAGCGAUACCUGCAUGACCAGGAAGGCAGUGGUGGCACGCCGCAUUAUGCGUACGGCGCGGGCAGUCGCAUGUGUGUGGGCUCGCAUCUGGCCAACCGCGAGAUCUAUACGGCGUUUUUGAGGAUGAUUGUCGCGUUUCGCUUUGGGCCGGCCCAGGAUACGGGCGAUUGGCCGGUCCUUGAUGCCUUGGAGUGUAAUAGCAUCCCGACCGCGCUGACGACGGAGCCGAAACCGUUCAAGGUCGGGUUUAGGAUCAGGGAUAAAGAUGCUCUGGAUCGAUGGAUUCGUGCGAGUGAGGAGAGGACUAAGGAUUUGUAG